GGGACCAACCUAGCCAAGCCCGGGAGUUUACAAUGGUUUACUGCUAGUGCUAGGACCUCGCGUGUUUAGGAGUAGACCUACCUCGUGUCCCACAGAACUGUGUUCUUGAGCCUACAUGUAUACGUAUGUGUUCUUCGUAAUCUUACCCGACUAAUCUGACCUCAAAGAAACGGUGCAUUGAAUCAUUUCUAGUUCUCCGAAAACUACAACUCUUUCCUUACCGGCGUUCUGUAGUGGCGUUAUGCUGGCUAGCUGAGCUCCUGCGGGCUGUGUCGGGUGCUGAGAGUGAGAAGUCAUGCUCGGACAUCGACCACAGCGCUCCGUCGUUGGCGCAGCAACGGUUCUAGCAGCACUUGUGCACGCCCUGUGCCUGUUGGUAAGCGUUGGACUCGGCAAUGGGCAGACCACCAACUCUUCAGUCUGCCAACCAACAGCAAGUCCGUCCCAGGGCUCGGCUGGAUCCACGAUAAACGUGUACCUGAAUGGAAACUGUAGUCUUGUUACCAGCAGCAGCAAUACAUUGCAGGUAGCUAUCUUUGCGGGCAGUAAUCCGACUUUUGUCGUUCCGGUAACGAGGCGGAAUAGCUCUCUCCUAUCGACUACGCUACCAGCGGCACCAUUCAACGGUGUGGUCACCCUGCAAUUGCUAUCACGAGGCACCGGCGGGAACUUCACCCUGAACAUCACGACAGGCUUCAACUUUCUACCAGCGUUAAAUAUCUCCAGUGUAGAGCCAGCGUCGGGCCAGCCUGGAGCUCUAGUUAGGUUACAGGGCUGCUUUCCGCCGCAGUGUGGUGACUCAUUAGCAAACAUCUCUGCAGUCGUGUUUGCUGGCGUUGUGGUAGCAGUGCAGAGCAGCUCUAGCAAUCUGAUCUCAUUCCUCGUUCCCAAUGUCACCGUCACCAAUCAGACGAGUGUGGCGAUUCGGUUAGAAAGUGCCAGCCAGGCGAAUGUCAGCGUGUUAUGGAUCCUGGCACCGGCGAUGCAGAUAACCUCGGUGAUGCCACAGUACGGGCAGACAGGCACUAUGGUGUCCAUCAUCGGCCAGUACCUGUUUGGUCUUGGAGGGGCCGAUGGCCGGCAGCCACUUGCCGCGGCAAACGUCACGGUUUCUCUCGGUGGCUACGCCGCCACCUUGCUGGUUAGCAACUCCAGUGCGCAGAGCCUGGUCGUGAGACUGCCACAGUGCCCAGCGCCGUGCAAUCUCUCCGCGUCGGUGAACGCCACUCUGCGCGGUGCCGUCACUGUCACCUCGCUGCAUGGUGCGUCGGCUCAAGUCUCGAAUGCGUUUGCUCGUUUGCAAGACGGACGCAUCACCAGUGUCAGUCCGGCCUUCGGCCAAUACGGAACUAGAGUCACCAUCAACGGGACUCAACUCUUUGCCUACAGUGGUGGCAUUCGAUCAGUCAUGUUCAACAACGUCACUGCAUUUGUCAACAGCAAUUCUUCUGAGUCUAUUCAGGUCAUUGUCCCUCGACUAUCUAGUUCUGUGAACAACAUGUCGGUAGCUAUCAGCAUUGAGACACUCUACGGAGCUGUCAUAUCGGCAGCAAGUGCCUUUACGGCACUGGAAAAUGGCAGAAUACUGUCUGUGACUCCCAACAUUGGACAGGCAGGGACAUACGUGAGCCUGACGGGAACAAAUCUGCUGGGAAACGGCACAAAUGUGACGCUCGUUGAGCUGGGCACAGCCAAUGUCACCGUGUUGUCAGCCAACAACACUCAAAUUAACCUGCAAGUUCUCGGAGGUGCAAUAGGAAACAGCACCAUUCGACUGCAAUCUAAUACGGGUGCAAUCGUUGAGAACAGUCAGCUCAUCUGGGCUCUACAACCAGCUGGUCAGAUCCUAUCAAUCAGUCCUCCACAAGGACAAACAGGAACAGUGGUCACCAUCAACGGGACUCAACUCUUUGCCUACAGUGGUGGCAUUCGAUCAGUCAUGUUCAACAACGUCACUGCAUUUGUCAACAACAAUUCUUCUGAGUCUAUUCAAGUCACCAUGCCUCGACUAUCUAGUUCUGUCAACAACAUGCCAGUGACUAUCAGCAUUGAGACAAUCUACGGAGCUGUCAUAUCGUCAGCAAGUGCUUUUACGGCACUGGAAAAUGGCAGAAUACUGUCUGUGACUCCCAACAUUGGACAGGCAGGGACAUACGUGAGCCUGACAGGAACUAAUCUGCUGGGAAACGGUACAAACUUGACGCUCGUUGAGCUGGGCACAGCCAAUGUCACCGUAUUGUCAGUCAACAACACUCGAAUUAACCUGCAAGUUCUCGGAGGUGCGAUAGGAAAUAGCACCAUUCGACUGCAAUCUAAUACAGGUGCAAUCGUUGAGAAUAGCCAGCUCUUCUGGGCUCUACAACCAGCUGGUCAGAUCCUAUCAAUCAGUCCGCCACAAGGACAGACAGGAACAGUGGUAACUCUGCAAGGAAAUGCACUGACUGGCUACUCAGGAUCCGUUGACAGUGUCGUCUUUGGGAACGUGUCGGCUACCAUCCUAUCGGAUGCAAGCAAUACGACAUUCGUCCAGGUGCGUGUAGAGGAUCAUGUUGACAUUGCGACAGCAACGCCAGUGGAAGUAGUCAUUACGUCAACGUCCGGAGCGGUGCUGAGAGCACCAGUGGCGUGGACGUACCUGACACCGGGUACAAUCCAGUCUGUCGAGCCACUCUCCGGUCAGGUGGGCACGAUUGUAACCAUCACGGGCGUACGGCUGCUGAGCAACGGCACACGCAUAGCCAGUGCCACGCUGGGCAAUGCCACUGCGCAGGUUCUCCACUCCAACAACAGCUUUGUGCAGCUGAGCAUUGCGGGUGGCACACCAGGCACUGGGCCCGUGCAGCUAGUAUCCGACACCGGCGCUGUUGUAUUGCACGACAAUGGAACGUGGAGCUUGCUUGCAUCGGGGACGAUUUCACUGGUGAGCCCCGUCAGUGGACAGUUUGGAGUGCGCAUCACCGUCGCCGGAAUCAACCUACUGGGUUACGGAACACGUGUGAAGAGCAUGACGGCCGAUGGCGUGCCUGUCAGCGAUAUCGUCACUAAUCAGUCAAGUAGUAUACAGUGCAGGCUUGGCGCAUUUGUCACGCGCAACGACACCACCCCUGGCUCAGUGCUAGUCAGGAUUGAGGCGGAUACGGGCGCAAUUGUCCAGCGGCGGCUGAACUUCACGUACGUCGCGGCACAGCCCAUAACGCAAGUGCAGCCGGCCCAGGGCGGCGAGGGAAGCCUCCUGGUCAUAACCGGUACUAGCCUGUAUGGUAUCGGUGGCUCAGCAAUAUCCUCAGUUCGGCUUGGUCACGGGCCACCAUUGGUUGUACUGACCACGCAGCCUGGUGUCAUUGCAGCCAAAGUAGGACCUCAGAAUCUCUACAGCAACACAACCACAGCACUUAACCUUACCAUUGUGUCGAAUACCGGCGCAGUGCUGACUAGCUCCGGGGUAUUCCGCUUCAACUCGUCCCAAAUCAUCGCCGUCCUGCCUUCCUCUGGCCAGAAUGGAACCCGUGUUUGGAUCAACACCAGUCUUCCACUACUGGGCGAUGAGUCGGUUGUCAUUGCGCAAUCACCAGCCACAGUCCUGCAGAGAACGCCAGUCAGUAUCCUGGUUGCCGCUGGCCGUCCACUCAAGCCGGGGCGAGUCGUUGGUGAUGUCGUGGUAACAAGCAGCCUGGGCCAGGUGAUGCGACUCACAAACGCCUUCACCUACCUGGAGGAGCCGGUGAUUUUCAACAUUGUGCCUCGGACUGGGCAACGCGGAACCCGUGUCGUCGUAUCCGGUCGUAAUCUGAUCGGCAACUCGACAGACACUACCGUUCAGUCGCUACAGGUGGGCAAUGCGCUAGUCGACGUCAGCCUUGCGUCGGAGAGCAUGAUAUCGGGCAGGCUCCGAGCUACACCGUCCGGGAGGGAUGUGUUAGUGGUGCUGAACACGGGAGCGUCGGCGUCACUUCUCAACCAGUGGUCUAGCCGGGCGGGAAACAUCACGUCCUUCUCUCCAGCGUACGGGCAAACUGGAACGGUGGUGACGAUACAAGGUGAUUUGUUGCGGGGAGAUGAGCAACUGGGCUGGGUGACUUUGGCCGGUGUCAAUGCAACUGUCUUAUGGCCGAGCGUUAACAGCUCUCAAAUAGUUGUUAUUGCACAGAGCCCGCGCGGUGUGGCCACUGACUCAGGUCCGAUCGUUAUCACGACCACAAGUGGCGCCACCGUGCAGAGCUUGAGCGAUUGGAACUUCACCGUGCCGGCGCAAAUAACACGUGUCGACCCACCCACUGGACAGUACGGCACUCUGGUCACGAUCAGUGGAAGCAACCUGCUGGCUGCUGGACAGAAUAUCACACGUGUCCUUCUUGGCAACCUGUCAGCUGACAUCCUGAGCUACAGCGAUGACCAGGUUACUGUCAGAACUCCUAGCAACCAGUACAACCUCUCCAGCGCCUUGCUAGAUGUUCGCGUCGAAGCCAACACGGGUGCUUUCGCCGUGCAGACCGCCGCCUGGUCCUACCUGCGAGCAAGCACGCUGGUUAGCAUUGUGCCCGGCCAGGGAGCGGCCGGAACCAGAGUCAAUAUCACUGGCACUGGGCUACUGCUGGCUGGUGGUGCCAUCUCACAGGUCACUAUUGGCGGUGGCAGUGCCGGAGUAGACCAGGGAGGUGGUGGCAACACCACAGUGCGCACACGGGCAAACUGUAGCACUACGGGCUCGGCAAACGUGACCGUUCAGACAAGCAAUGGCGCUCUGGUCACUGGCUUGAACUUCACCUGUCUGCCUCCUGGACAAGUAACACUGCUGACACCCACAAUGGGAUUACCGGGCACCUGGGUUACUGUUACCGGCACUAAUCUCUUCGGCUAUGGUCAGCGAUUGGCAAGAAUAGCACUGAAUGGCAUUGACGUCGACAUCUCAAACAUUACGGCGUUGGACUACAGUGAUCAGCGUCUACGUUUCCGUGCGCCACCCCUACCCACAGUGGCCGUCACCACCAGCCAGACCCUGUACAUCGAGUCAGACUCCGGGGCAUUCGUGUCUAGCACCAACAACCCGUCCGUCAUGUGGCACUACGCCAACGACACGCAGAUCGACACGGUAGAGCCGCACAUUGCAUCGCCCGGUGACACUGUUGUACUGACUGGUAGCAACCUGCUGCUCAAUGCUCCAGACUUGUCCACGGUGCAGAUAGGCGGAGUACCAGUACUGGAAGUCAUCUCUGCUAGCAGCUCUAGAGUGAUGGUAAGAUUGGGAGCAUCGACAUUGUCGUCUCCACUCGUCCUGGUCGCAAGCAAUGGAGGCGAGUUUGUGGAGUCCGGUGCAAAUUUCACCGUUGCCAGCAGCUCUGCGACCGGUACAAGCCGCCAGUGUCAGAUUGUCUCGGUAAGCCCGCCUGCAGGUCAGAGCCUAACGCGUGUGACACUAGCCAUGAUGAACUUUUCCAGUGCGGUCCCACAAGUCUGGCUAGAUGGCCAGAAGGCUAGCGUGACCAGCAGCAAUGCCACACACAUCACAGUCAGAGCCACUCUCUCGACCAACAGCAGCAGCAGCAGCAGCAGCAACACGCCAGGCUUUGUGCAAGUGUACGCCACCAGCGGGAACGACACGUGGGUGUGCGGCCGUGCUGCUGCCUGGCAAUCCUACCCGGCACUGUUCAGCGUCAGUCCACAGUCCGGCCGAGAAGGUACCAGGGUUGCCAUCACCAACCCGAGUCUCUUUGCUGCCCUCACCGCAAGAGGCAUUCGCCCGGUGCAAGUAAGCCUUGCAGGUAAUGUGCAGAGUCUGGGAACAUUCACACCCACUCCCGUCACUCUCAUCUGGAGCACAGUUCCGUUUCUAACGCAACAGAUAGCAUUCCAAGCUGCAGCUUCCAACAGCACCAAUUUCAACGGCACUGUCAGGGUGGAUUUCAGUGACACGUCUUCCGUGGAAGGCGAGCUUUGGACCUAUGUGACUGGAACCAUUGCUUCCAUUGUACCGCCGAGUGGAUCCAAUGGCGUGCAUGUUGCCAUCCGCGGCACCAACCUGAUUGGCGGCGGAAAUCUCAGCCGAGUGUGGUUUGGCAACACAAGCGCCACCAUUCUCUCCAGCAGUGAAUCUCUCAUAGAAGUCCGCGUGUACGACAAUUCUCCUGUCCCCGGUGGACAGGCUGGACCAGUGACGAUUGAGAGCACAACAGGCGCCGUGCUAAGAGGCUCGGCGCAGCAGCAGUGGACGCUGACGCGUCUUGCCAUCAGCACCGUGCAACCGACCAGUGGACAGGCCGGCACUCGCAUUGUCAUCACCGGCCAGUUCAAUGACCCGGCCCUGCUCAACGCUAGCAUCGAGAUCGGCGGCCUCCGCGCUCAACUGGGUGCAGUGCACAACACCAGCUACAUGACCGCAGUCAUACCGACUGGUGUACCGACCAACACGUCGGCCACCGUGCGCAUUCUAUGGUCGGACGGCUCGUCAGUCCUGUCCAGGUCUGCUGCAUUCACGUACCUGACACCGGGCGGCAUUACAGACGUUGCGCCCAGCACUGCGGCGCUCGGUACCCGGGUCCUGCUGUCCGGCACUGGACUGCUAGGCGGUGGUACAUAUGCUAGUAUGGUGUGCUUGUCAGGUAUACCGGCACAGCAGGUCACGCUUUCCACGAAUAACGCAGUGCAGAUCAUAGCAGGCGACGCAGCAAACACGAACAAUGUCAGUUUGACACGGUGCGAUAGCGACGAUGAUCUGUUCAUUCGGGCCAACACCGGGGCCGAGGUGCAGCUGGCCAACACAAGCACGAGAACAGUGACGUACGCACCCCCUCCGCAGUUGUCUAUUAGUCCACUCGCCGGGCAGAAUGGCACGCGCCUAGACAUCACAUCCAGCCAGCCAUGGCCAGCGCUGGUCAGUUCGGUCAGCGUGGCGGGAAUCCCCGCGCGUGUCGUAUCUGUAGAGCCAUCGUCAGUGCAAGCCGUACUGACAGCAUCACCGUAUCACACGCCAGUCGCCGGUGGUCUCUCGGUGCGGCUGUUCUCCACUCAACAGCCAGGCCUUCCCGGACAGGUCAUUGUCAGCAAUGUCAGCUUUGUCGCUAUGCCAACGGGGCAGAUCACGUCUGUACAGCCAGCAAGCGGCCAGCGCGGUACGCUUGUUAUCGUCACCGGUCGCAGUCUAUUUGGCGAUGGUAGCCGCAUCGUGUCGGCUAGGCUCGGUACACACGAGUGGACCGUGCAGACCUCCUCGGACCAGAUGGUGCGCAUGCGACUUACCAGCAUUGCCCUCUCUAGCCAGGGACCAGCGUUGGCUAGUGUACGACUGACCUCCAACACAGGCUCUGUAGUUCAGCUGAGCGAUGCCUUCACCUACCUACAGCCUGGAAUUCUCUCGUCAGUGGAGCCACGCCUGGGUCGUUGGGGAACUCAGCUUACGCUCCUUGGCCAGCGCUUGCUAGGUGGUGCAGAGGGUUUGACACGUGUAACAGUGGGUGGAAAUAUAGUCCGCACCUUUGUUAGCAGUACCAACUCUUCCAUCACCUUUCACCUUCCCCCAUCAGCCACUGUAUCGACAGGAGUGGCACAGAAUGUCACGAUAGUCAUUGAGUCCACCACGGGAGCACUGACCAGUAUUGACGAUUCGUUUGAACUGCUGCCACCUGGGAACAUUUCCUCGAUUAGUCCUAGGAAUGGUACAUCCAAUACCAGACUGUGUGUAUACGGUAGUAACCUUCUUGGCGGUGGCACAAGUAUCACUUCAGCCUGGAUUGCCGGCAUACCAGUAGCUGGAGUAAUCAGUUCAAACGACACGCAGGCCUGUCUGUUGUCUGGGCGCAACACCAACGGCUCUGCGAUUCCGGCAGCAACUGUUCUACUUCAAGCCAACACCGGAGCCUACAGCGAAGCCGUGGGCAUCUGGGCGUAUGACAACGAGUGUUCAAUUUCACAGUUCUACAAUUCCUCUGCGGCAGCGUGCGAGGAGUGCAGUCCCGUGUGCAACCAAUGCAACGGUACUGGUCCCACCAACUGCAAGGACUGCGCUGGUGAAGGCUAUUUCCGCUUGCUUGCUGGGGCGGUCCGCGAGUGCAUUGUGAGCUGCGCAACGUUCCUGCAAGGCAAGCAAUGUGUUGGUAGUUGUAACUCUACACACGAAUAUGCGCAAGUCAACAUGACGUCGAAUACAACUUCCUGUCAGCCGUGUCAUGCACAGUGUGUGGGAUGCACGGGGCCAGGCAAUGCUGACUGUAUGCACUGCCGCAAUGUUGACAGCAGCGGCGUAUGCCUGGAGCGCUGCCCAGCUCAGACGUAUCCUAACACCAACAGUGGCCUAUGCUUGCCAUGCAAUGCCCAGUGUGUCAACUGCUCUGGACCCACUGCAUUUGAAUGUUUUGGCUGCCGGAACUAUUCACUCAACGGCGCCAGGUACUUCUUCGGCAUGCAACCGAAUGUCAGCGUGGAAGUUGAGACCUGUGUUCCAAGUUGCAACAGCACGACGAGAUUCGUCAACAAGAAAGGGCAGUGCGAGAGGUGCCAUGAGCAGUGUAAUGGUUGCACUGGUCCGUCGGCUACAGAAUGUAUCGAGUGUCUUUACAAGUCACUGCCGUCCACUGAGUGUGUGCCCAGCUGUCCGUCAGCAACCUAUUCGGAUGAGAUGGACGUAUGCAGGCCAUGCAGUGCUACAUGUGCAAGCUGUGACCGCUCCUCUGUUGUUCUAGGAGAUGGCUGCUUUGAGUGUACAAACACCAGUUUGAUGCAGCUUGGUGUGAAUGAGUCUUUGUCGUGCAUUGGUGGCAGCAAGUGCCAAUAUGGCUACUAUCAGAAUGUGACCACGCUAAUCUGCAUCGCCUGUCCUACUUCCUGUGCCAACAGCUGUGAGGAAUAUGCUCCUACCUGUUUGUCGUCAACAGACCUCUUUGCGUACGGCAUUGGUACUCUCGGCGUGGCAGUUGGUGUUGCAGCUGUGCUGCUGCUGCUGCUACUCCUGAUGUGCCUGCUACUGGCACGAAGCCGUCGUCGACAGAAGUCACCAACAUCCUAUGAGAUUAAUGAUGAAAAGAGCUCCGUCAUUCCCUUGACGGAAACCGAGCUCAACAACCACGCCGCAGACCCGGUUGGUACUAUCAACGGAACCGGGACAGACUACUGUCUUGCACAGCCGCGUGCGAAUACUUCGUUCUCUUCGGAAUCCUCGGCCCAGUACCAGCCACCCACCACUACGUCAGCAACAGUUCUAGGCAACGCCGUAGCAGCAGGUGGGCUAAAUCCAGCUGAUGAGGAGGAAGAGUAUCUAACAAUGGAAGGAGGUGAGGAAACAGCUGACUUCUACAUGCCUAUAGAUACAGCACAAGGUGGUUUGGAAACUAUCAGGAGCAACCAAACUUCCACCACCAUGGUUAGCGGUGCACCCAGUGAAACCAACGCUGCUGCUGCCGCCUCCGCUGCCGCCAUGACCGCAGCUGCCAUGACCGCAGCGGACGCUGAUGAUGGGAGUGGUGAUCUGUAUGAGGACAUGGUUCCGAAUGCACGCCAUUCGUACACACCUGCACAGCUGCCGACCGAGGCGGAACCGAUAACUGAUGAUGUGUAUGAGCCCAUGGCCGCAGGUUUGCAGCCUGCAGGCACUAUCCAGCCGGAGGUGGUUCCACAGCCUCAGAAUAUACAAUCUCGCCCGGCACGAAGCAAGUCACAAACACCAAUGGACAUACCACCUCCGGCCGCUGCUCCUGUCAAUGUCGUGCCCCUGCCAGCCCGUGGAAAUCGGCCAGUGAGCAUGGCAUCAAUUCCGGAUACACCUUCACCCACGCAAACCAUGCCGCCAGCACAUGUUGGAGCAGCUGCAGCAGCACACCAGUCAAUGUCAAGGUCAAAAACAAGCACACUGCCGCAGUUAACGCGGGACUCCAGAGACAGCUUGCCUGGCCUUCCACUGCGAGACCGAGGCAGGACGGCAGACCCACCAGCACCAUCGAACAUGGUACCGUCCAUGUCAACUGGCUAUCUGCCACCGCCGGCGCAGCGCCUGCCAGCGCAGGUGCCACCAGCCAAUGCCGCCGUGUCGCCUCAACGGUCUCUACCUCACCUACCCGGUGACGAUGUGCGACCUGGCCGGAGCGGAUCGAAGCCCCCGCCACCGCCAACGUCACCUCCACCGCCUCUGGAGACUAUCACCCACCCUGCACUACCACCACGCAACCCUGGCAUGUCACGCAAUGCCGCUGACGACGAUAUCUACGAAGUUGCUCAUGAUGACUACGAAGUUGUUUAGCGUCACUGGCUUUAGGAGUGCCAGAAAGAUGGCGUAUCAGACUUGCUCCAGCAUUACACUGAAUUAGGUGCAUACAGCGCACUACACUGUACUACACUGUACUACACUGUACUACCGGUACACCCCAGUUAGUAGCUACACACAGCAUGAUGAAAGAGACUGGCGGCCAUGACAAGUCCACAACGGCUGAGCACAGAUGCUGCGAUUCUUGCAAUGCACGCCUACACGUGUAGGCCAGCAUGCCAGUGCUACCGGUCCCGAGGAGUGUGACUAAUGACUAGGACUGACUCUACAGACAGUGUACACAGGCAGUGUACACAGUUGUGAAACUGGAUAUGCCACACGCCGGUGCAGUUCUAGCUUUCCUCGUUUUCUUUCUUCCUCCAGGCAGAGACUAGAACACAGCGUAGAUAAACUCCUCCAGGCAGACAUUAGAACAUGUCUCCCUCCAGGCAGAGAUUAGAACACAGCGUAUAGGUAAACACUGGAUUGUACAAACAAGUUUUAAUGGAUUAAUUCAUAUCGCAAGAGAUCUUGUGUGCCAGACCCCCAAUACAAUAACAGUACUGUACAGCUAGCUAUUACAAACAAAAAGUAUUUUUAUGAUGUAAUAUCACUUUCUCGGAAUCGCUAGGCAUCUUGAUACCCCCCCCCCCCCCCCUGCAAUCUCAUAAUACUAGCAAUAUACACAUGUACAAUUAAAAUUUCUUAGUUGUCAAGUAGGUGGUGGGUUUAGUUUACCAGGCAAUGGCUUCAUGCCUUUCUUGAUUUAGAAUUUAUAUCGGCUUUGCCUGUCCGGAUCAUGUCGUAGCACAAUGUCAUCCUGAUCAUUGUACUACAUUGUACUGCUCCACAUCACGGAUCCUAUCUCACUGGCUUCCUGUACGCUAAACCACUGUACAUGGGA